UUGCUCCCGCUGGCGGCUUCGGUGGGCGGGGUCGGCCGAGACAGUCCGGCUGAUCUUCAUCACAGGCUCGGCACCGACAGAGGCGGUGCCAUUAAGGCCACGCCUCCCGCCUGAUUCCGGGUGCCUGCGGAGCAAAGUCCUAGGCUCUAACGGGGCGGAGACUCGGGCUUGUUCUCUUAGAGGCUAGUGCCGGUCCCACCCCGUAAGUCACUUCGGUUCUUCCGGUUUCUGGUGGCUGCGCCGCCUCCCUCCGAAGCCUGAGGAUACGCCCUCUCGGGAGCCUGUUGUCGCCCUCCUUUCUGCUUCAAGCCCCCCUGAGUUGCUCAGGGGCAACUCCAGCCAAACACUCUGUCGCUCUGGUUCUCGGCCCUUGGAGACCUCGACCCCCAUAUACUGCUCCCUUUCCUGGACGUACUGGCCCCUCCCACCCCUCUAAAAUGUCCAAUAACCUACGGAGGGUCUUCCUGAAAUCUGCAGAGGAAAAGUCAGGCAGCGCCUCGCAUUGUGUUUCAGGCUGCAUGUACCAAGUAGUUCAGACGAUUGGCUCGGAUGGAAAAAAUCUUCUGCAAUUACUUCCAAUUCCUAAUUCCUCUGGAAAUCUUAUACCACUAGUUCAAUCUUCAGUCAUGUCUGAUGCUUUGAAAGGGAAUACAGGAAGCCCAGUUCAAGUUACUUUUCAGACUCAGAUUUCCAGCUCUUCCACAAGUGCACCAGUUCAAUUGCCCAUUUUUCAGCCAGCCAGUUCUUCAAACUAUUUUCUUACAAGAACAGUAGAUACAGCAGAAAAAGUUAGAGUUACUUCUGUGGGAACUGAAAAAUUUACCUCAUCAGUUUCUAAAGUUCAGAGUCAUGGUGUGAAAAUUGAUGGACUCACCAUGCAAACAUUGGCUGUUUCUCCCUCCUCAACACAAAAUGAUUCAUCUUAUAUUUUAGUAAAUACCCAGAGUCUUCCAAUGACUGUGAAAUCUCCAGUUUUGCCUUCUGGGCAUCAUUUACAGAUUCCAGCCCAUGCUGAAGUGAAAUCUGUACCAGCGUCAUCAUUGCCUCCUUCAGUUCAGCAAAAGAUUCUUGCAACUGCAACCACAAGUACCUCAGGAACAGUUGGGGCCUCCCAAAUACCAACUGUUAUUUAUGUAUCUCCUGUAAAUACAGUGAAAAAUGUAGUUACCAAGAACUUUCAAAGCAUUUACCCAAAACCUGUUACAGAAAUAGCAAAGCCAGUGAUACUAAAUACCACACAAAUUCCAAUGAAUGUUGCUAAAGAGACACAAUUAAAAGGUGGUCAGCAUUCUCAAGCUGCUCCAGUGAAAUGGAUUUUUCAAGAAAAUCUACAGUCUUGCACUCCAUCUCUUGUUCCUGUUAAAUCUUCAAAUAAUGUGGCUUCAAAGAUUUUAAAAACUUUCGUAGAUAGGAAGAGUUUGGGAGAUAAUACUAUGAAUGUGCCACCAUUGAGUACCAUCAGUCCUAGUGGGACACAAGCCAAAAGCAUACCUAUUAAGGAUAAUGCUUUGGUUAUGUUUAAUGGGAAAGUCUAUCUAUUGGCUAAAAAGGGGACAGAUGUUUUGCCAUCACAAAUUGACCAACAGAAUUCUGUUUCUCCUGAUAUUCCACCAAGAAAAGAUACCUCACAGAUAGUGAGUUCAAGUCCAGUCACAGAAAUAUCCAGAGAGGUUGUAAAUAUUGUUUUGGCUAAAAGUAAAUCUUCCCAGAUGGAGACAAAAUCACUUUCAAAUACCCAGCUUGCUUCCAUGGCCAAUCUAAGGGCAGAGAAGAAUAAGAAAGUGGAGAAACCAUCUCUUUCCACCCUAAACCCACAUAGUAUGAACCAAUCCAUUAACUACUUAAAACAGAGUAAGACUUUAUUCUCAAAGCCAGACUUUCCAGAUGGAUUUAGUACAGGACAAAAUGCCCCCAGAAAAGGAGAUAUCAUCCAGAGCAUAGAGAAAAUAAGUUCCUCUGUUGAUGCAACAACUCUUACUUCACAACAGUCUGUUUUCAGAGACCAAGAACCAAAGAUCCAGAAUGAGAUGGCAUCCACAUUAGAAAAAGUCACUCAAGAAAGAAAUGAGAAGAAAAAUUCUCAAGGAAGAAGCAAUAGGGCAUCAUAUCUGAAGAGUGAUGCUGAACUUAAAAAGAUAUUUGGUCUCACUAAAGAGUUGAGAGUGUGCCUUACUCGGAUUCCUCACCAUUUGGGCUCUGGAGAAGGUUUUGAUUCCUUUAGCUGUUUGGUGAAGAGUGAUACUUGCAAAGAGGCAGAGUUAAUAGUCAAGGAGGAAGGGAGAAAACAGGGUUUUGAUAAGAAAAGAAAAGCAAAAACUAAUAAGAAGAUGGAUCAUGCAAAGAAGAGAAAAACCAAGAGUGUUUGUAACACAGCGGUAAAUGGUGGAGCUAAUGAAAGCAGUCCCCAGCUCAUUAGCAGUAUUUUGCCAUCUUCAAAUGUAUCACACCAUAAUAUUCUCUCAAGCUCUAGCAAAACCAGAGAAGAAAAGAGAACUGAGGUGGAACUCUAUACCCAUGGGAACCAGGAGAAAGACACAAUGAGUUUAAAUGCAGCUUUUGAACAAAGCCAUUCCUUCAAUAAAAAUUAUACUGAAGAUAUUUUUCCUAUGACACCACCUGAGUUAGAAGAAACUAUCAGAGAUGAAAAAAUAAGAAGACUUAAGCAGGUGCUGAGAGAGAAAGAAGCAGCUCUUGAAGAAAUGCGUAAGAAGAUGCACCAAAAAUAAUAAAAUGUUGCUAUUCUUAAAGACAUAAGAAGAAUAGCUGUGUUUUUUCACACACUUUUGCAUUAAGUUAAUUAUAGAUGCAUUCUGAAAGUGUCUUUUAAUAUGAAACGUGUCUUUAUGUCAGUUGAUUAUAAAAUUUUAUUUAAGGAAUACAGAAAGGCUGAUUCACAUAUUAAUAAUCUACACGGGGUAUCUGAAUCUUUGUCUGGAUACCUUCUUUUGGAAGAAAAAUUUUUCUAUUUUUCUAUUAUAUUAACUGGAAUUCCUCAAGUUUGAAUAUUUAUUACUGUUUAUAACUCUAGCUAAAUUGCUCAGAUGUUAUAGGUAAUUGCUGUGUACUACUGAAAUUAUACUAUCUAAGAGAGGCAGUCAGCUCUAAACUUAGCUUUGCCAAUGGGCUUUAUAUGUAUGUUUCUUUACCCAUAAAAUGAUGAUACCUUCUACUUACCAUUGUUGUAAAUUUAAAAAAAAAAUUCAUGAAAGAAAACUUAUAGCAGCAUUAUUUAAAAUUUCAAACAUUUCUCAAGAAUAAGGGGCACUUUUUUAGUAACUUUUACAAAGUAGUUUCAUAUAAUCCAGAAUGGGUUUUAGAAUUCAGGCUACAUAAUGUAUUAUUUGCUUAAACUGAUAUAUUAUUAUCUGUAGGCAAAUGCUUCCUUUUUUUCAGAAUAUGUACAUAGGUGACUUGGGUUGUAUGAGUAAAUCUGAAUGUGGCCACCUUUAAUACUUUUUAAAAUUGUAAAGUGUAGCUGUUCUUAAUAGAGGCAGACAUUUUUCUAUCUGGUUAUCUUUGUGUUGGAAAGUGGUAUAGAAAUGGGAAUUAAGGGGAAGGAGGAAAAAGUUAUUUUUAAAAAAUGAUUAACAAAUUCCUGGAAGUAAGCUCAAAUAAAACAUGUACAAUGGCAACAAAAUAGAAAACAAUAAAUUAGAAAAUACUGAGAAGGAAUAGAACAAAUCCAAACUGAGUAUCACCUAGAUUCUCCUGCCUUUUUUUUUUUUUUGUAAUAGUUUUAUUGAGAUAACCCACACAUUAUAAAGUUCAGCCUUUUAAAGUGUACAGUUUAGUGUUUAUUAUAAUAACAGAGUUGUGCAGCCAUCAACAUGAACUAAUUUUAGAGUAUUUCCAUUAUCCCCAAAAACCCCUCAUCUCCCUUAGCUGUCACUCCCAGGCUCUUCUUUAUUCAGCUCUUGGCAACCACUAAUACACUUUCUGUCUCUAUAAAUUUUGCUGUUUUGGACAUUCACAUGUAUAGAAUGAAUCAGUAUUUUCUUUUGUGACUGGUUUCUUUCACUUAGCUUAAUGUUUCCAAGGUUUUAUCUGUGCUGUGGCAUGUAUUAAUACUUAAUUAUUGUUUAAAUUGCUGAGUAAUAUUCCAUUGAAUGGAUAUACCACACUUCAUUUAUCCAUUUAUUUGUUUAUGGACAUUUGGGUUAUGUACACUUUUGGCUAUAAGGAUGUUAUGCUGCUGUGUUACUAUGAACGUUUGGGUACAUAUUUGUGUGGGCAUAUGUUUUCAAGACUCUUGGGUAUAUACCUAGGAGUGUAAUUGCUGGAUCAUAUCCUGAUUCUUUGAGGAACGGUCAAACUAUUCCAGGCACACUUUGCUCCCCCUACUGCACCAAAAUGGAUCUUGUUAAAGGACACCAGUGACUUCCAUGUUGGUAGAUCUAAUGGCCAGUUGUUAGUCCUCUUAAUUUAUAAUCUAUCAAUAUAAAUAUAAUUUUGUGGAUUAUUAACACUUUAAAAAUUUUUUGAACAUUAAUAAAGAAGUGAUACAUGGGCAUUAUGGAAAAACUUAAAAUAUAGCAAGCUAAAAUAUUAAAAAUGAGAAUUUCACUUCCCACCAAGCUAAAGUAUUAAGUCUUGGUUCUGAGAGAUACAUAAUUAAAGGCUAUCAGUAAAUAGAUACGAUUUGAAGUCAUGGGUCUGGAUAACUUCAGUUUGGGAAAUACAUAAAACAUAUAUAAACAGAAGAAGGAAAAAUUGUGGGCUCAUGCCUGAGUAUAUAUAAGGGUUGGAAAAAGGGCAGUCUUAAAUCAGUUUUGAGGACUGGAAGAAGAGAUCAUUGAAUGAAUUGUAUUUAUAAAUCAUUAAAUAGUGCCUGAUACAUAGCAAUAUAUUAGUGUUUGUUAAAUAAAAUCCUCCUAAUAAACAUACUGCAUCCAUCCUCA